AUGACGGGCGUUCUGGAAUUGCAUACAAAGUUUUUGGCCGAGUUUCCCGAGGCAUGGAUGCGCGUACUUCAAGGGGCUCAACUUGUAAAGCCCGACGAUACAGGGAAGGGCCAAGGGGGACCCAUGCCGAAUUGGCCGCGCUCAUCUUUGUUUAACUUUACGUACAACAUACCUGUAUUCUUCCUGGUCAACAUUACGGGAUUUUCCGCAGAGGCCCUUGACAUGUCGCGUCGCACUGUUGAGCAGCUGUUGCAUUUCGCAACGCUGGGGCUGCUCCAGAUUAGUCCUAGAACACCCGCGUUUCGUUUGGCCAUGGGCCCGCCAAGAAACACACGUUCUCAGCCGUCGUUGGCGCAGGCUGGGUCCAGGUUAUGCACGCUUUCGCCCGAGACCCUCGUCAGAAUCAUGUCGUUCGAGAUUCAAUGUCCCUACGCAAGGAAGAAAAACAUCAACAUUUGGAUUCACGUCUGCAAGUAUCUACGCAGUAUCGCACUAUCUGCUCCCCAGCUUUGGUCAUACCUCUCCCACCGGACGACGUCCGACCUGGGAUUGUUGCAAGUGAUUCUCUCGCAUUCCGAAAGUGCACUCCUGGACGUGGGGAUCGAGAUGCUUUCGCCAUCUAGCAUGAAGCCCGAACUAGUCGGAGCUCUGGAAGGGAUUCUGCGCAACGCGUCGAGGCUUCGCAGUCUCUACCUCAAGGGAUCUCAAGCGGUGCUUUCUUGCCAUCGUCAUCUCCUCGUGAACCCGUCCCCGUAUCUUCAGUCGCUGAGCCUUCAAUUCGAACCUGCGCGCGACGGAGAGGACGACGAAGAUGAAGAGGAUGUGCAAGAUUGGAGUGAGGAAGAAGAUAGCACGCCCGGGUUUUAUUUGGACUACGAGCUAUUUGACGGCAAGUUGCCUUCUUUACGUCGGCUUAGCUUGAAGAACUGCAGCGUCAAAUGGGACUCUUCGAUCUUUGCGCUCAGGCUUGCCCACAACCUAGAGUUGCUUACCCUCUCCCACUGUCUCCCGUCUUCGAGCACAAUACCCGCGUACGAUUCCAUUCCCGACAACGAAAAGGUCAAGCUUCCCCACCUGAAAGUUCUCGACGUUCAUGAGCAGUCCUACGAGGAACUCGCUCACUUUGCCGCACACCUCAACCUUCCGAUUGACACUCGCUGGCGUAUUCGCGUGUCAUACGACUACAAGAACGACAGCGAGGACGAUAUGCCCGUGGUCCCAACCGAAGGCCCGGUUCUGCCACCCUGGCUUUCUACCCAGCCGUUUACCUCAUCGUCUCCUUCACGGUCCCUUGUCCUGAACCGGUAUGAAGACCCGGACGAGGUUGCUUUCACCCUCAGUAUGUAUGACCACAGUUUAGAAGGACCCGAGUGGUACGACCCCUGGAGUUCCAGAGAAGACGAGAAGCUUCAAGCCAGCUUCAUUUGGCCGUUCUCCAAAGAGGGCACCGACGGCCUCGUCCGCCAUCUGCAUCACCAGUGGCCCCUGUCAGACGUCCACACCCUCAAGCUGGUCGGGGAUCUCGAGGACUCCCCCGACUCGGAAUCCGGCUCGACGGACCCUUCGUUCUGGGCGGGCUUGUUACGAAAUGCCCCGAGCGUGCGCCGUCUUUCGAUCGGUUCUGGUUUCAGGGAAGAUGGCCUCCGCAAGGUCUUCUCCGCUCUUAUGCCCACUUCCCAGUCAGGCGCCUCGGUCGUCACCCCGCUCCCUCAUUUGACUGAUAUUCAUAUAAAUUUAUUCUCAGACAUUGAGAACGUAGAACCGUCCAGGGUUCGUGAGGUCCUUGCGGCGCAUAGGCUUGAGGGACUCUACGUGACCGGAAGCGACGAGGUGCUAUCCCUUUGGUCUGUCGUUUCCGCGGAUGAAGCUGUCGGUAGACGACUCAAGGACGUUUCUUUCCGCCGGCUGGAUCUUCGCUGGCCGUGGGCGGGAAACCGCAGAGAAGGACUACUCGACCUUCGCCGUGGCCCCACCUCUUCUUUGGUUAUCAGGCAUAUGAUUUCACGUCAAUCUUUGGAUAGUGCGAAGACAAUAGCCGACAGAUUCAUGCACAUCCCAUGGAAUUCCCUUUCUCACAUCACCUUCGACGUGCGCAUUGCUGAAAAUCUCCACUCCCUAUACGAUGCUCUCUUGCGAGAUAUCGCAUCGUUCCAGACCCCGUGUCUCAAAAGCCUCGUAGUACAUGCUGGUAUCAUGAGAGAGAGCAGCUUGUACCGUCAGCUCGCAGAGCCGCCAUUUGAUAUCAUUCAACUCCCGCAUCUUGAAGCGCUGGAGAUCUUCAUCAAUAGGACAGAGCAGAUUUGCAUCAAUUUCGUUCAUUCCCUUAGGCUUCCAUCCCUCAGACACCUAUCCAUAUGCCAGGCGACGCCAUCCGAGGAGUUACAAUUCAAAGCUCGGCCUCCUUUUGUCUCGCUUGGCAAGAUACUGCACGGACAAGCGUCGCUUACGACGCUACGCCUCAACGAUCGCUUCCUAGACGUGGACGAUCUUCUUAUGGUUCUUCGCGAGAAUCCCAUUACCCACCUUGAACUAGCUAUGUUUACGCGUUACAAUGAGGUGCUCCGCCAGGCCAUUCAUGCAGAGUGGUCUGUGAAAACCCUCACGAUUCGGAUGGCUGUUGCGUUUGAGGUCGACACGAUCGGGCAAGCUGUGAAGUUACGACUGGAGCGCGAGAAGGAAAUCCGAGAACGCCCGACACUGGAGAGGGUCGUUGUUGGAAGGUGCCGCGACGACCUCAGCAUUCGCGACAAGGACGAUUAUCCCGUACAUUUUGGGGUCCCGGAGGACGCCAACCUGUCACAAGCAACGGAUUGCGCCGUGUUGUGGUAUUUUGACGAGGCGACGCAUAACAUGGCCGAUAGAUUGAAAGUCCUCAGGAGGUGAGGCGAUGUACUCAGUUAGCACGAACGUAUCAGUGGACACGUGUUAGCAUGAUGGGUGCCGGUGAACACGGAGAUUUU